AAACUAAAACCAUCAGCAUUGUUAUUUUCAAACAGUUUUACUUUUGAGAGAAGCUCUAGGUUGAGAAAUGUCUUCUGAGCAACUUAGGAGGGAGAAUGUGACGCCCGAGAGGGAAGUUCACAUUGAGAAAGACAAGGUGCCGAAGAUCACCAGCCACUUCGAGUCAAUCACCGUGCAUGUGCAAGAAGCCGGCGACAAAGACACGCCUAUGGACAGCACCAAAGACUCGCACGACGAUAAAGAGCGGAAGGGAAACACCGUUGGGGACAUGGGAAUGGGAAAGUCCAGAGAGACUAGUGAGAUCGGGAGUCACAAGCUGGAGUCCCUCGCGGGACAAAUGAAGGAGGCUGAGGAGAAGAGAGGGAGGGAGAGUGGUGCCCGCGGAGUAGGGAAGUUUGAGGUUCAAGAAAGUGAUGAGGGUCAGAAGAAGGGAGGUAGAGGAGAGGGUAGAGAGGAAAUGAUUGUUGUGAGUGAAGGGAAGGAGGAUUCAAGGGUGAGACAAGGUGGGAGUGAAAUGGAAGGCAGAAACAUGGACAUAAUGGACAGAGAGAGUAAGAGUGGAGCUCAAAGUGUCGGAAAGCUCGAAGUUAUGAGGGUUGAUGAAGAGAAGGGCAGAGAGGGUCAAGGUAGACAGCAAAUGAGUUCUAAAGGGAGGGAGGGCGAGGGUAGAGAAAGUGAAGGUGGGAGCACACAAAUGAUGGGCAAAGGAGAGGGUAUGACACAAGAGAGAGGAAUGGACACGGAGAUGAUGAGAAGCAAAGAGGAAAGUCGCGGCCGCCAGCAGAGACGAGGCACAGAAACGGAGAGCAAUGUGAACAAGCAGCAGCAGCAACCACGACAACAACAACCAUCUCUGGAAGAAGUUUCGGCAUUUAGACAAACAGCACAGCAGAAUUCCAUGGCGGCAAUGAGGGCGGCAGAAGAGCGAUAUCAGAAAGCUAAAGAAACUGCAAACCAGACACUCGCUACUACAACCGAGAAGACUAAAGAAACAGCCCAGAAGGCUAAAGAAACUGCAAGCCAGACACUAGGCCCUGCAGCCCAGAAAGCUAAAGAAACUGCCAGUACUGCUACCGAGAAGGCUAAAGAAAUUUCAAGCCAGACAAUUGGUACUGCAACUGAGAAAGGAGCACAAGUGAAAGACAUAGCACUGGAAAAAGGCCAACAAGGAUUAUAUGCAGCAAAAGAUACUCUAUCAAGUGCAGGGAAGAAAACGGUGGAUUACACGGUGCCAUUAGCAGAGAAAUCUAAAGACAUGGCCGUGUCUGCAGGUAAGACUACUCUGCAUUAUGCUGGUGAUGUUGCGGUGGAUUUGAAGGACAAGGCGACUGUGGCAGGUUGGACUGCGGCGCACUACACAACUGAGGCAGCAGUGGAGGGAACCAAAGCAGCUGCAAAAGUAGUUGCCGGAGCAGCAGGGUAUGCUGGUCAUAAGGCUGUGGAUAUUGUGUCCAAGCCUUUGACUGUUGCUAAAGAUGCUGCUGUGGUGACUGGUGAGAAAGCUGAGGAGUUCACUGCUCGGAAGAAGGAAGAGGCGAAGAAAGAAUAUGAGGCCAAGAAAGCAGCUGAAGCAAGUAGUCCCAAGGGUUCUGAGACUACUUAUCAAGGAGGAGAAUCCAAAAGCUGGGAGCAAGAGGAAACAUGGACGAAACCAGUUGAGAGGGAAUCUCAGCAUAUGCAGAGAGAAGGUGGCAGACCAACUGAAAAAACCAGCCAAGAAACCUCUGAAUUACAAAGGGAGGGAGCGCAAGAGGGCGGUGCUGGGGUGCUGGGAACAAUCGGCGGGACUUUGGGUGUGAUACCGGGAGCUGUUAGUGAGACAUUGGUUGAGAUAGCUGAGAAUACAAAAAACUUUGUUAUUGGGCAGGGUGAAAGUGGAAUGGGUGAGGAGGGCCAGGGAGGGUGGAGCUCAAAUGCACAGCAAGGAGGGCAGGGGGGGAGGUCAUCUGAGAAGCAAGGCAGGCAAGAGGGGAGGUCAUUUGAGCAGCAAGGCAAGCAGAGCGAGACUGUAAGUGUAAUACCGGGAACUGUCGGCGAAACUUUGAUUGAGAUAGCUCAGACUACAAAAGACAACGUCAUCGGGCAGGGCCAAAGCGCAGAGGAGAGUGCUGAGAAGGAUCGCAGGUCAUCUGAUCAGCAGCAAGGCUUAGGUGCAAUACCUCGUGCUGUUGGGGAGACUAUGGUUGGAAUAGCUCAGACAACAAAAGACAAUGUUGACAAUAUUACUGGGCUUAGGCAGGGACGGGGACAGGGGCAGUCAAGAACUGAUCAGCAGCAGGGAUGGAAGCAAGACCAGACCAAAUAAUCGAAAAUGAAGCAAGUAAGAUGCAGUGAUGAAGUAGAUCUGAAAUAAAUUUAGAAACUCUCAGCUUUAUGUUUUGGAUGUUUGGUGUGCAUAAAAGGCUGAUGGUUGUAGUAUAUUUUGUAAUGUAAUGUCAGUAUGUCGUUAUGCAUGUUAA